AUGUCCGUCCCAGGGCUGCGGGGGCUGAUGCUGGCCGUGGUGCUGGCGGCGCUGAUGUCGUCGCUGGCCUCGAUCUUCGCCAGCUCGGCCGCGCUCUUCACGCUGGACGUGUACAGGAAGCUCCGCCCAGGGGCCGGGCCAAGGCACCUGCUGGUGGCCGGGAGGUUGUGGGUGGUGGCCAUGGUGGGGCUGAGCCUGGCCUGGCUGCCCGUGGUGGGCGCGCUGGGCGGGCAGCUCUUCGACUACAUGCAGGCGCUGGCCUGCGUACCUGGCGCCCCGUGGCCGCCGUCUUCUUCCUGGCCGUGCUCGUGCCCCGCGGCCAACGAGCCCGGGGCUUUCUGGGGGCUGCUGGGGGGUUUGGGGCUGGGCCUGGCCCGGCUGAUCCCCGAGUUCCUUUUGGGCUCGGGCUCGUGCGGGAGCCCCGGGCGCUGCCCCGCGCUGCUCUGCGGGCUGCACUACCUGCACUCCGCCGUGCUGCUCUUCCUGCUCACCUGCGCCGUCGUCCUGAGCGUCUCCUGGUGCCACCCGCCCAUCCCCAAGGUCCAC